UUCGGAUGUACCGGCAACUUGAGGUGGAGGCGGAGCUGGUGGAAGAGGGAGGGUGUAGCGCGCGGGGCAGUAUGGGACACAAUGUGGGCAACGUGGGGCGGGACGGAAGCCUCGUUGGGUCAGACUUUGGCGACGCGGGAAGUCCGGACGUGGUAGGUGCUUGAAGAAGAGGCCUGGGGAGGAGGGCCGGCCCCGGCGGCGACAAUGGCGGAGAGGCCCGAGGACCUAAAUCUACCCAAUGCCGUCAUCACAAGGAUCAUCAAGGAGGCGCUCCCGGACGGUGUUAACAUCUCCAAGGAGGCCCGGAGCGCCAUUUCCCGCGCCGCCAGCGUCUUCGUGCUGUACGCCACAUCCUGUGCCAACAACUUCGCAAUGAAAGGGAAACGCAAGACACUGAAUGCCAGUGAUGUGCUCUCAGCCAUGGAGGAGAUGGAGUUCCAGCGGUUCAUUACCCCGUUAAAAGAAGCUCUGGAAGCAUAUAGGAGGGAACAGAAAGGCAAGAAGGAAGCCUCAGAGCAAAAGAAGAAGGACAAAGACAGAAAAACAGAUUCAGAAGAGCAAGACAAGAGUAGGGAUGAGGACAAUGACGAAGAUGAGGAAAGACUGGAAGAAGAAGAACAGAACGAAGAGGAGGAAGUAGACAACUGAAUAGAGUGAGGAGACUGUGGCACCUCGAAGGUACUACUCUGAAAUGUGGUAUAUGUUUAUAUGAAACUUUUCCCUACUGGACUGAGCAGCCUGAGGCUGAAGAGCCUGAGAAGAUCAAAAUGAAAACUGGCUGUAAUUAUCAAAACCAGGGCUUCCCAGACUCAGAGCAUCUAAGUAGCAGAAUCCUGUUAUGCUUAAUCAGUCUAAAGGUUAUGACUUUUUGGCAAGAGGGAUUCUAAAUGGAUAAUUUAAUCAAUUGGUUUGAUCUCUUUUGUUUACUUAUAUAUAUGAUUAGGCAGUUUUUGAUUCCCAGUUCCCUCCCACUUGCUGUGUUCCAGAUCACUGAGGCAGUCGUAAGCUCAGGAAAAAUUGAGGUUUAGAUCAUGGUCAGCCUGUUUAUACAGUAUUUGGCAAUACUAGCUUAUUACAAGUGGUCAGAAUGGUUUAGCGUUAGGAAACUACUAAAAAGCUGUGGUCUUUUCACUUGACAAUUGAAUAUUGGUUUUACAGACCCAUGGGGCUUGGGGCCCUUCUAUAUUGCCUACAGGCAUUUGACCUGUGGGGUGGCUGCACUCUGGGCAUAUAUGCUUUUAAAUCGGCAGUAUAGAGUGGAAUUAGUCAAGAAGUAUGCCAGUGUCUUACUCUUAGAAGAUGGUUUAGUCUUAUAUGCACUUCACUGUCUGCUACUGUUUAGCUUUAGGAUUUAUCGGCACCUGGAAGGUAUAAAAUUCCAGGCUUUGUCAUCUUGUAGUGCAUCUUCUAGGCUUGUGACUAUGGCUUUUCAUUCUUCCAAUUCAUAACAAGUUCCAAACUUUAUUUCUUCUAGGCACAACUUUCUCCUGUGCUUCUAUUUUUGUCUCUCUUCUGCCUCUCUUCUCCCCACUCCCACUUUCUCCCUCCUUUUCUCACUUUUGCCAAUCCAGAAACUUUGUUAACCUACUUAAUAUCCCGAAGUGCAGGUUCCUCUGAUUUUUUAGUUCCAAUUUUAUGUCUUUUAAAAGUGAUUUUGUAAACCUCACCAAACCUUAAGGGAAAUCCAAUGGCACUCAGGAAUCUAAUCCGCCCCCACACACCAACAGUCUUUUUUAACUGCUUUUAAAGUAUCUCUGUUGCCCUUUCUUAGUUUUUUUCUUUCCAUUUAGUGCUCCAAGCACAUAUUUGUCUCUAAGGCAGUUGACAGGUAGUGAAGUGUAGUUUGACACUGUUAAUUUGUUUAAUGAAUACAGUGAAGAUUGUUGAAAUGAGUGAAGAAUGUUGAGAAAAUUAUAGUGCUUUGUACAAAUAAAGAGCAUUCUUGUUCAAAGCAAUGA